AAAAACAAAAAGAAAUAAUUAAAAAAAUUGAAAUCUUAAAUUAUUCUUUCUUGUCCACAGCAGCUACACUACAAUUUGUGGAAGCUAAGAAGGCACUAGAAAAAGGUGUCUUUUUUUGUUGCCUUUGCAACAUUUUCCUUGCAAAAGGAACCACCACCAUAUCAUGAGCAUCUCCACCACUGUUUUUUCUGAGCCACUCUUCAACUUCAAACGUUGUCACUACCACAGAUUAGCUACCGUUUCUCAUUCCAAGCUAAAUCAACACUCUCUCUCUUCCUCUUCUUUAUUCUCCAGUCAUAAAUAUGAUUCUUGUUCUUGGAUAUUGAAGCCACCCCAUAAGUUUUUCUCUCCAAAGUUUGAAACUUUUGCUACAGAUACAGAUACCCUUGAGUCGAUUCAGUCUUCUGAUGUCAUUUUCAAUCAGACUCAUCCUAUCAACAGAAUCGAACUGGUGGAGGGAAAGAUCUUUGUAAGAUUAGAUCAGGGAAAUGAUUUGAAGAAUUCAGAGCUUAUAGUUGGUUGCAAUCUACCAGGAAAAUGGAUUCUUCAUUGGGGAGUUUCCCGUGCGGAUGAUAUUGGAAGUGAAUGGGAUCAACCUCCCCGUGAUAUGAUACCUGCUGGAUCUAUUCCUAUAAAGGACUAUGCUAUAGAGACACCUUUGAAGAAAUCAUCAUCAUCUGAAGGAGAUACUUUUCAUGAAGUCAGGAUCGGUUUUAAACCAAGCGAUGAAAUUUCAGCAAUUAAUUUUGUUCUCAAGGACGAGGAAACUGGUGCUUGGUAUCAACACAAAGGAAGAGACUUCAAAGUUCCUCUGGUCAACUAUCUUAAGGAGGAUGCUAAUUUACUUGGACCUAAAACAGGCUUAAGUUCGUCGCAAGCUUGGAAUAGUGAACAUUUUGUCUUCUCAAUUUUGAAAAGCUCAUUAGUCAAGGCUAUAAGGGACAUAGGGCAGAUAUCUAACGUUAUCCUGAAGUCGGAAUCAACCGUUGACAAAGUUCAAGAAAACAGCAGUGAAUCCGAAAGUCCAAAAAAGGAAAAUAGUCAAGUAGAAGGUUUCAAUGUAGAACUAUCUUUAACCAAGGAAGUUACUGUCAAUAACUCUAUCAGUGUCUCCGUUAGAAAAUGCUCCGAAACAGCUAAAUAUCUUUUAGAUUUAGAAACGGAUAUACCGGGAGAUGUUUUCCUUCAUUGGGGAGCUUCUAGAGAUGAUUUAAGAAUUUGGGAAGCUCCACCUGCUCCUCAUCCACCACAAACUGUAUCGUUUAAAAAGACAGCUUUGAGAACUCAAUUAAAGUCAAGAGGCAGUGGAGAGGGAAGUUCAGUACAAGUCUCUCUUGGAGAAGAAUUUUCGGGAUUUCUUUUUGUUCUUAAGAUAAAUCAAAAUACGUGGUUAAAUAACAAUGGAAAUGAUUUUUACGUCCCUCUCCCGACUCCCGGUAGCUUAAUUAUUGGCAACAUAGAGGAUCAAUCAAAAGUCGUGAAGAGUGAAGUGACUGAAGAGACAAGCGAAGAGGAAUCUAACUCUGCAUUUACGAAUGAAAUAAUCAAUGAAAUAAGGAGUUUGGUUACAGGCAUUUCGUCUGUGAAGAGAAGAAAAACAAAAUCUAAAGAAGCACAAGAAACCAUUCUUCAAGAAAUUGAAAGGCUGGCUGCUGAAGCCUACAGUAUUUUCAGAACUUCUGUUCCAACUUUCUCAGAGGAAGUUAUUGUGGAAUCCGAGGUUGCUUUGGAAUCUGAAUCACCUGAGUUGCCACCAAAAAUAUGCUCAGGAACUGGCACGGGGUAUGAAAUAGUAUGCCAAGGGUUUAAUUGGGAAUCUAAUAAAUCUGGAAGAUGGUACAUGGAGCUUAAAGAGAAAGCAGAAGAACUAUCGUCUCUUGGCUUCACUGUGAUUUGGUUACCGCCACCUACUGAUUCUGUUUCACCGGAAGGAUACAUGCCAAGGGAUUUAUAUAAUUUAAAUUCCAGAUAUGGUAACAUUGAAGAACUGAAGGAUGUGGUGAAAACAUUUCAUAAAUUUGGAAUCAAGGUGCUAGGAGAUGCUGUUUUGAAUCACCGUUGUGCCCAACAUCAGAAUCAGAAUGGUAUUUGGAACAUAUUUGGAGGUCGUCUCAACUGGGAUGAUCGAGCAGUUGUAGCCGAUGAUCCACAUUUUCAGGGGCGGGGCAACAAGAGUAGUGGAGAUAAUUUCCAUGCGGCUCCAAACAUUGAUCACUCACAGGACUUUGUGAGAAAGGAUAUCAAAGAAUGGUUAUGCUGGCUAAGGGAUGAAAUUGGAUAUGAUGGGUGGAGGCUUGACUUUGUCAGAGGAUUUUGGGGUGGUUAUGUAAAGGACUACAUGGAUGCAACGAAACCUUACUUUUCCGUGGGAGAGUACUGGGAUUCCCUCAGUUACACGUAUGGUGAAAUGGAUCAUAAUCAAGAUGCACACAGGCAGAGGAUCGUUGACUGGAUUAGUGCUGCCGGUGGUAGUGCUGGUGCAUUUGAUGUUACAACCAAAGGAAUUCUUCACUCUGCAUUGGAAAGAUGUGAAUAUUGGCGCUUGUCAGAUCAGCAGGGAAAACCCCCCGGCGUUCUUGGAUGGUGGCCGUCUCGUGCUGUUACUUUUAUAGAAAACCAUGACACUGGUUCUACACAGGGUCACUGGAGAUUUCCCCGCGAUAAAGAAAUGCAAGGAUAUGCUUACACUCUUACUCACCCAGGAACUCCGUCGGUGUUCUUUGACCACAUUUUCUCUCACUAUAAAAAGGAAAUAGCAGCACUUCUCUCUAUUAGGAAACGGAACGGCAUCAACUGCAGAAGCAAAGUUAAAAUUCACAAGUCAGAAAGGGAUGUUUAUGCCGCUAUCAUAGACGAAAAAGUUGCUAUGAAAAUCGGUCCUGGUCAUUUUGAACCACCUAGUGGUUCACAAAACUGGUCAACAGCUUGGGAAGGAAGAGACUAUAAGAUUUGGGAGGAUGCAUCAUAAUAUAUUUAUUUAUUUUAUAUCUCAUAAGAAGUAUAUAUUAUAUUUCUUUUGAAAAAACCUUAUUGUAUAUCUCAUUGCCUUAUUCAACAAUAAGCUAUUGCAUAUUUGAAUGAUGGUGUCAGGUGUGGCAAGCUACAAUUUAAGUGAGUUUGCUGCACUGAUCCAUCAUAUUAUAGAGAAGGUUGCAGAGGGUUGGUUCAUUACACAGCUAGUGUCUGUGGCUCAUCUGAAACUAGAAAGCCUUCAUUCAAAUCAAUGAUUGAAAUUAAAUUGUGAUUUGUGACA